CUGCCCAGAAAGAAACUCCGACGUUCCUUCGGCCUGUUGAGCGUUCCCGCUCCCGCGGUGAAAGGGCCGCCUCCUCCUCCUCCUCCUCUUGUGGUCCAGCGAUGGCUUCAGAAGAGGCGAGGGGCGGACAAAUUGCCCCCGCAUCCCUCUGGGGACCCGGAACCUCAGAAAACAUUACGUACAUCUUGCGCAUUGGAAAAGCCCUCCUCAUUGGGUUUAUCAGGACUCUGUGGCAGAAAUAUAGAACAUGCCAUCCUCAGGCAGACUUACUGGAGCAACCAGAUGGGGAGGACGUGCCAGAUUCUGCCCAGGUCACUUCGCUGCAAGACAAGAUGCUCCGCAUAUGGCAAGAACUCAACAAUAAUCAAGAACUCACCAGUAUGGCAGAAAGUGUCAAGGGUAGCCAUCCACUAGAAGUCCUGGCUUCUGUGGCUGAAGAAACCUUUGCUACUGGGAUUAACUGGGGACGGAUCGUUGUCUUCUUCUACUUUGCUUACAAAGUCAUUGCUCAGUCCAGUUCUAACUGGUUCCAUAAUGUGGUAAAUUGGGCAAUGGCCUUCAUGCGAGACCGCUUGGCUGCCUGGAUCCAUCAGCAGGGGGGCUGGCGGGCUAUGCUAAUUUACUUACCAUCUUCUGAAUAGAAGUGGGACGGACAUUUGAUGACAGCACAUCAGUGAUCAUCGGCACCACAAUCAAAUUGACUUGCGCUCCUGUGGAGUAGAAUAUGGAAAAGACUGACUCCUCUUUGGGAAGAUUUUGCCUUGCCUCAAAAUAAUAAGUGAAAUGGAGUCAAAACAAACAUAAACACACACUUCCCCCCCCCUCCUUUUGAGAACCUGUGUGGCAUGUAACAGCCUCCCAACUUGCAAAAACAAAAUAAUGAUAAUAAUAAUAAUAUAUUAGACCACGAAAUAUUUAAGCAAACAAGCUUUUGCAUUGUGAGGAAGAAAGAGAAAAAUCUAAUAUUCAUCCUGGCCAUCCCUUGAGGCUUCAUGAUCUGUAGCUAAAUUCCAAGAUGGAGACUGCAGCCUUAUAAAACCAGCUGGAAGUGUGCUGGUGUCACAUUUCACCAAGGGAGGGGGAUGUAUAAUCAAUCAUCUUUCUCUAGUUUUAUAAACAAAGGAUGAUAGUAAUUUACUAAUCCUUCAUUGUCUCCUGUCAAAGCACUCAGCCUCUGCUUUAUGUGGGAGUCAAAGCACUGGGGAGUAUGGCCAUCACGUUAUGAGAAAAGCAGGAGAUUAAAUUUAAGGCCUGUCUACACUAUGAAAUUUGGUGUGAUCCAGCCAUAGCUUAAAAGGUCCUUAUUUUUACUGCAAUCUGUUUUAACUCUUGAUACCCAUCUGUGAAGACAGAACAAAUAGCUAUUUUGCAUCUCAAUAAUGAAUCAUCUCAAAAAGAUUGCAUGUCCUAGCCCUGUGCCAGAAAGAUGUGGGUCAGCUCUUAAAGGGAAAGGAUGGAUAAUUUUAAGUAGAAACACAAGUGAGCAAGGUCUUUUUCUCCAUGCCAAACAAGAAACAGUAUACCAUAACUAUAUGCCAGUGUGGACAGGCACUCUAAACAAAAAGCAGUCAUUUAGAGGUAGAUUGGCAGAGAGUGGAGAGAAAUGGGAUUUUCACUGCCAUCCUUCUUGCAUGUUGAUAAUAUUUUCUGGUUCUAGCUGUGAAAAUUUAAUCCUUUUUUUAAAAAAAUUAUACAAGCAA